AUUCAGACCUCGAGUAGACACGACACCUUCUGAGGAACCGUCUGAGAAAGCUGUGCAACACUUCAGUUAAAAUCCAGAUUGAACACACACAAUGGCGACUGUUGGACAGACUUUUCAGAGUAACAUGGUUCAGUCUCACCAGCCGCAGAUUUUUACGUUUCUGAAAGGACAGCCGAAAGCUCUCGGGACGGUCCAGAUAAUGAUUGGAAUGAUAACUUUACUGUUCGGAAUUGUGUUGGUGUCAGACCCUCCAUAUGCCCCAGUUUCUGUUAUUAGUGGAAAUGUUUUCUGGGCCUCCAUAUUUUACAUCAUCACUGGCUCUUUGUCUGUCGCUGCAGAAAGCAAUAUUCAGAAUUGUCUGGUGCAGGGAUCGCUGGGAAUGAACGUGGUCAGUGCCCUGAUGUCAGCAGCAGGCAUCGGAGUAUUGACUACAGACCUUUUCCUACAAUAUUACUGCUAUUCUUAUCAGGACUGUUACAGGUUUGAGGCACGCUCCAAAUCCAUCAGUGCAGUGCUGCUGAUUUUCACCAUUCUUCAAUUCAUCAUCUCCAUCUGCAUCUCGGUGUUCGCCUGUAAAGCCACCUGUGACUCGGCAACCAUGGUGCCUAUUGUAACGUAUACCAACCAGGCUGUCUCUGGGAACCCACAGGUGCCUAUUUCGACAUUUGGCAACCAGGCAUUCCAAGGAGCUGCACAUAAUGUGGUGUACAUCCCACAAACCGAGGGGAACAACAUGAGCAACUCAGCGCCACAAAACUUUCAUGGAUGGUCACACAGUAGAUAAGCAGAAAAUGAUCUAAAACGAGUGUUCUAAUAAAGUAUUUAAUUAAUUUGAAUGCUAUAUAACAUGAUGUCUGUUUUAUAUCUAUUUGUGUUCAGUGCACAUAUUUGUCAGGUUAAUAAAUAUUUGGGAAUGUAAUGUUGAAAUGUAAUAAUGAUAAAGAAAUGUCAAGUCAAGUCAAGUUUAUUUCUAUUGCGCUUUUCACAACACACAUUGUCUCAAAGCAGCUUUACAGAAAUGAACAGUGAAGAUGAAUGGUGUGCAUUUAUCCCUG